ACCACAUUAAAACUUGAAGCAUAAAAUCCGCAUUUCAAAUUAGUACAAGAAAAGUUUGAUAUCCAUGGAAGGAUGCACUCAUUACUUGGCAAUGGUACUGGUUCAGCUGAUCUACGCCGGAUCAUACAUCCUCAUAAAAUUAUCCCUCCAGGAUGGACUCAAUCAGAUUGUCUUCGUCGUUUACAGGCAUGUUCUUGGCAUGGUUUUACCAUUUGCUUAUGUGCUUGAAAGGAAGCAGAGGCCUUCACUCUCAUUUUCGGUAGCUGCAAAUAUUUUCCUGCUCGCCUUGUUAGGGCCUACCAUCUUUAUGAAUGUAUACUGUGCUGGUUUAGCAUACACUACUGCAACAGUUGGAACUGCCUUGGGUAAUGUUGUCCCCGCUUUGACGUUUCUGAUGGCAGUUCUUCUCAGGAUGGAGAAAUUGAAGAUUAGAAGCGCUCGAGGCCAAGCGAAGGUGGCUGGUACAGUUUUCUGCAUAUGCGGUUCUCUUAUUUUCACAUUCUGGAAAGGAGGACACCUGUUGAAAGGUGUCGAAAAGCCACUGAUAAAUGUUUACGACGCCGAGAAGUAUAUUAGCAAGACCAAGCGUGUUCACGAAAACUGGAUCAAGGGUUCUGCUCUUAUUCUGAUUAGCCACAGUGCGUGGAGUGCGUGGCUAAUCCUCCAGGGUGUGGUGUCCAAAGUCUACCCUGCUCCACUGUCACUAACCACCAUAAUGUGCUUUUUCGCAUCGCUGCAAUCUUCUUUCCUUGCCCUGUUUUUGGCUAGAAACCCCAGUUCAUGGAGACUGGAGUGGAACGUGCAGCUUUUGACCAUCGUCUACUUCGGAGUUCUGAACACAGCAUUAGUCUAUUACCUGCAAGCAUGGUGCAUCAGUCACAAGGGACCAGUUUUUGCAGCUAUGUUCACUCCACUUCCAGUCGUCCUAGUGGCAGUGUUUUCGGCAAUUGCUUUUGCAGAGCGGCUUCACUUUGGCAGCUUGAUUGGAGCACUUCUUAUUAUUGUGGGACUUUACUGUGUGCUGUGGGGAAAGAGGAAAGACGGUCUUGUUGGCGAACAUACAGAGAUUGAAAAGGUGACGGUCGACGAUAAUAAGGUGGUUGAGAUUUACAUGAGUGAAAUUUCAGUAGUCAAUCCUGUUACUAAAGCAGAAACAUGAUCAUGGAGGCAUGCUAGUUUUUUUUUUCGCGGUGAGAUCUUAAAGAACCGUUGACUUAAGAAAAGUUGUGUUAUAUCAUUAUGUAGAAGUUCAGAGAAAACUAAUCUAAAUUGCAAGGACUCAGAAUACUCAAAUGAACACAUCCUCUUGGAUACUCAUUGGAGCACAUCCUCUCUAACUAAUGUAGUUAAGUCCACUUAAUAAAAAGAAAAGUUAUAUUUAACUAAAUAAACAUUUUUUUUGUUUCA